UCUUUAUCUCCGAGGUGAUUUCCAUUUCAUCAUGCAAAAUUGGUAGCAAAAGUGGAAAGCUCACGAAAUCAUGCAUCACGAGAGUUGAGCCAUAAACAAACGCCAAACGAGAACAUGGCUACUCAUCGAGAAGGGGUGAAUCCCCUGAGACCAUACUACAAGCCGCCGACUAUAGGAGAACCUCCUGAUCCGACAUCUGCCUCAUCCGCACCGAAUCCUUUUGCCCGUCAUGGAGCCAAUGCAACGAGCGAACGGUACGCGUCUAAAGCACGCGACAUCUUUUCCGACAUCGACUACAAGGACUAUAUCAGUGAGCCAUCUCCUUCAGUCGUUCAGACUGUCAAGGACCUCGUCGACGAGCUACUAUGGAAGUACACCUCCGUCCUGAUGGCCCAGCCUUUCGAAGUUGCAAAGACGAUUUUGCAGGUCCGAAGUCACGAUGACGUGACUUUGGCAGCAGUACCUACUCCCCUGGCCACGCCUGUCUCCGAGAGAAAGCGUUCUGGCUAUGGCAAUGCCGCAUAUGACGAAGCCGAUUCCGACUCGGAUCUUGACGAACCUGCCUACUUUACCUCCAACAUCCCGAGUACGCCGACCCCGUCCUACUCCAGGGAACACCGGAGCCGCCAGUCUCCCUCCUCCUCAACACCUCCACAGACGCCAGCAGCAAAGCAGCAGGCCGUACCAGCUCAUCAAAUCACAAUCCGUCGAUCCGACUCGUUGAUGGAAGUUAUUGGCCAACUGUGGCAAAAGGAGGGAGCUUGGGGCGUGUGGAAGGGAUCGAACGCAACGUUCCUAUACUCUGUGCUCUCCUCGCUGUUGGAAAAUUGGUCCAGAAGUGCCUUGAGCGCAUUGUUCAAUGUGCCAGAUCUCGGCGUCAAGGAGGAUAUUGAUCGGCUUAUUGAUAUUGCCUCGCCCUAUCCGUGGGCCUCCCUGUGCGUUGCCGCUGCUGCGGCUGUUGCAACGGGCCUCAUUCUCGCACCUCUGGACCUGGUGCGCACAAGACUUCUCGUCACACCAAUUUCAAAGGGAUCUAGGAGAACACUUUCGACCCUCCGUACUCUCCCAUCCUACGUCUGCCCCUCUUCGCUCGCCAUCCCUACGAUCUUCCAUUCGCUCAUUCACCCCAUCCUUACCCUGUCGACACCACUUGUCCUGCGUACUAGAUUCCUUAUCGACAGCCGCGUCUCUCCCACCACAUUCUCAGUUGCCAAAUUCUGCGCUUCCUCGGUAGCACUGUUCGUCAAGCUUCCUCUUGAGACGGUUCUCCGGCGCGGCCAAGUUGCCGUCCUCUCCACUCCCGCACACGUCCGGGCCCUAUCAGGCAAGGACCAGAAGCUCGAGACGAUUGUCCCGGCUGGGCCUUAUAAAGGUGUUCUCGGAACCAUGCUCUACAUCAUGAAUGAGGAAGGUACCCGGGCGAUCCCCACCGCGCCCGCACCGGUGAAGAAAGUCAGGGGCGGCAAGCCAAAGGUUGCAGAAACGGUCUACCGCAAGGGUCAAGGACUCGACGGCCUAUGGCGCGGGUGGAAGGUCUCCUGGUGGGGCCUGGUUGGACUUUGGACCGCCGGGGUCAUCGGGAACAGUGCCGAGGGUGAAUUCUAGAAAAGGGAUUUUCAAGCGAGCCGUCCGACGGCCGAUAUGCAACAACACAUCCAACCAACGGCCGACUGCAAAGUGCGAGUGCGAACAACAAAACAUCCAACUGUAAUUUUGCUGUACUAGAAGUGUACUUGGGCUGCGAGAUUCUUGGCGUUAUGGGGAACGGAAAUUUUCGAUACUCUGAACAAUUCUCUCCUCUACGACCAUGAUGAGAUACGGUAUGAUAUCCUCCUUUCAAAUUUUGACCAAAGCGACGCAAAGGAAAACCCAACCUUCGAAACGCUGUACUCUCUGUACCUUUUUUCGUCCUGCUGGAAUCCAACCUUCAUAGUCUCAGGGCUCACUGAGCCACUACUCCUAAUAGAACAUUCUGCGUUAAAAUUAGUGCUUUCCGUCACACUCUCCCAUUUAUCCCAAUUUACGUGCGAAUCCCAAGGUUGUGCUACCCCUCCGUCAGACUUAAAUACG